AAGUAAAUCAGGUUUUCUAUGGUCCCAACCCGCGUAAUGGGCGUGUAAGCGACGUAAACAGGAUUCAAACGCCACAAAGCGAGCGAUCAGCUGGCGGGACGCAGGCGGCCGUGUCUGGGAUUUUGAAGGAAUUGUUUCUUUGCAAUAUGAUCAGUUUGGACCAUCUACCGCCACCUCCGCCUUUGGGGUUUGUAACAGCUUACGAAAAUGAUGGUCGCUUGGGGGCAAGAGAGGCAUGUCAAGCACUCAGUACAGCAAAAUCGUGGCUGGGAGACCAGUUCAAUGAAGUAGUUGUUGGACAAGAGCCAGUGCGCACAGCCCACAAUAAACAGGAAGCACGAGAUGCAUUUUAUGCACACACAGAGACACCCUGGCAACGUGUUAUGUCAGCAUACUAUGAAGAGGGAUGGGAAGCAGCACUGCAGGAGAUGGUGAGGUGCAACAAUGAGAAAAAUAUGCCACAAGCCCUGUCGACCAUUGCCUCUCUUAUCCUUAAUGGACUGGGGCUCAUAGCAAAAGCACAGGCCCUUUUGCCAUCUGCAAGCAUAAAUGGCACCUUGGCCACAGCUGAUGCACGCAGUCCAGGUGGAAGUGUAGUGAGUGUAGAAUGGCAUCCUCACACAAACACCUUGGCGGCUGUCUUCUGUGAUGAUACUGUGAGAGUGUUUGCCGCAGGACGAAGCAUCACACCACUCCUGAAACAUCGUUUGCAAAAGUCCAUUACUCAGGUUGCAUGGAUGCCUUUUUCAGCUUCCCUCCUGGCAGUAGGUUGUGAGUGUGGAGUGUUACUGUGGACUCUGGACCCUGUUAAUGUGGUAACACGACCAUCUGGAUCAUGUGUAACCCUCCUUGCACAUCCCGGAGUGACACCCGUUACCUCCCUGUCAUGGCAUCCCAAGGGAAACUUACUUGCCUGUGUAGGAGGCAGCAACAGUCAACUUGUGGUGUGGGAUGUUGGCCGUGAGGAGUCUGUUGUGGUCCACAGUGGAAUGGGGGGAAGCAUCUCCCUUGUGAUGUGGUCACCUGAUGGUUCCAGACUCUUCGUUGCAUAUACAAGCAAGAAUAUGCGUGUGUUUGAAACUAGCAACUGGACGUAUGAACAGUGGAGCUUGGAAUCUCCCAUCCAGUCGGCUGUUUGGUCGAGUGCCGGUCACCUCUUGCUGUUCGUAACCCAAGAUGACCCUCUGAUGUAUUACCUGGGCUUCAUCCCAGGUGAAGGAGUGGGGGGAACACAAGUCGCAGCACAGAUUGCCGACCUCACUCCCACGCAGGUCAUUGAUGAAAGCGGUGAUAGUAUCACAGUUGGAGGGCCAGUAAAACAAUUGACUUGGGACCCCAGAAGUGAACGCCUAGCGGUAGUGUUCCGUGAUACUGAAUGCGUUGCUCUGUUCCACACCCACACUCACCCUUCCUUGCACUUGGCACCGGGUGGAUUUAUAAGAGGAGAGCCAGGACACAUUCCAGUCAGCAUCAGUUUCCAGCAUAAUUUAAAUACCGGAGCUGUCCUCUCUGUGGUCUGGAGCAGUGGACAGGUCCAACACAUCCCCAUGCGCUAUGCCUCCCGGGAGCCCCUCAACACAACACUAAUUGCCGGCAAUCUCAACGCCUCCAUAAGAGCCUCAGUCCUCAAUUCUAGUAUAACCAUGAACAAUUCUGUGUCCUUCGUAGGGUCCCCUAUAACAUCUCCACUGACUGGCUACUUGUUUUCAUCGCCUGAUAAAGACCUUUGAUUAAAAAUAUUGAAUGGAUUUUUUUACUUUAUAAAAAUAUUUCAUGCUGUAGUACACUGAGAAAUCUAUUUCAGGAUAAGUUGCUUGGUGAUUUGUCCUCUUUUGUGUAAAAUAAUUUUAAGGGUACUUGUAUUAAGUAUAUGUUGCUUUGACAAGAAAUUGUGAUAGAAUGGAACAGAUGUCUCCCUAUUACUUUUUUUAUAAAUUAUUUUCUUCAUGGAAAUGUUGAUUCUGUGUCAGAGAUCUUUGGCAUUAUGUUUCUAAUAAAGGAUAUUUAAUCAA